UGUUCUAUGUUUUGUCUCUGAACUGUGAAUUCUGAGGCCGGCCGGCCACCUCAGUAGGAGUGUUGAAGGAGGACAGACGUGUCCUGAACCUUCACACCCCAGCCCCGAGGGACGCCUCGGUGGUGUUUGUAGGGGAGAACUGACAAGUUCGUCAGACUCCCCAAAUCCGUAGGCAGGCCUCCCCUGCCAUCUGAAUCUGAAUACUGGCCGCGGCUCCUUGGUUGUUGUCUAGUCUGUGUUGUCUGGUCUGUGUCGACAUUGUAGUCAUCUUUGUGUAUGUGUGUGUAAGUGUGCUGGUGUGGACGCGUGGACAGGACAGGACGACACAGCCAUGGGACAGACAUUGACUACUCCUCUAACUUUGACUCUGACUCAUUUCUCGGACGUCCAAGCAAGAGCUCACAAUCUUUCCCUUGAGGUUCGGAAAGGUCGAUGGCGAACUUAUUGUUCAUCAGAGUGGCCCACCCUAUCCGUAGGGUGGCCCCGGGACGGGACUUUUGACCUCUCUAUUAUAUUACAGGUUAAGACGAAGGUAAUGGAUCCCGGACCACAAGGUCAUCCAGAUCAAGUAGCCUAUAUCCUCACUUGGGAGGAUCUCAUUCGGAAUCCUCCGGCAUGGAUGAAACCCUUCCUCCCUUCCUGCCCCCUAUCUCAAUCUACCCUUCUUCCCCUGAAAACCUCAAAAGACCGUGCCUCAACCCAAGCUUCAGACCUGCCCAAACCAGUUCUUCCUGAUAAGUCCCAAAAGGACCCUCUUCUCCUAGACGCUUUGUCCUCGCCGCCCUACAACCCCCUCUUACAGCCUCCACCCUAUAAUCCGCCCCUGGCCCCCGCCUUGACCCCGGUGGCCCCUACUUCCCCUCCUGCCUCCAGUUCCUCCUCCCCCUCCCCAAUUUCUUCCCACGGCCCUCCCACUUGGCAAUCUUCCCUGUUUCCUCUCCGGACUGUCAACCGGACUAUCCAGUAUUGGCCAUUUUCUGCAUCUGAUCUUUACAAUUGGAAAACUCAUAACCCUUCCUUUUCCCAAGAACCCCAGGCCCUAACCUCACUGAUAGAAUCUAUCCUCCUCACACACCAGCCCACCUGGGACGACUGCCAGCAGCUCCUACAGGUCCUUUUGACUACAGAGGAAAGGCAACAAGUUCUCCUGGAGGUUCCAACCCAGCUCCCCAACGAAAUAGAUGAGGGGUUUCCCCUCACCCGCCCGGACUGGGACUAUGAAACGGCUCCAGGUAGGGAGAGUCUCCGAAUCUAUCGCCAGGCUCUGUUGGCGGGUCUCAAGGGGGCAGGGAAACGGCCCACCAAUUUGGCCAAGGUAAGGACCAUAAUUCAAGGAAAAGAGGAAAGCCCCGCAGCCUUUAUGGAACGGCUUCUAGAGGGGUUUCGGAUGUAUACUCCAUUUAACCCCGAGGCUCCAGAACAUAAGGCUACCGUGGCCAUGUCGUUCAUAGAUCAGGCAGCAUCUGAUAUAAAAGGAAAGCUCCAACGGCUAGAUGGGAUUCAAACCUAUGGGUUGCAGGAACUAGUUAGGGAGGCAGAAAAGGUAUAUAACAAGAGGGAAACUCCAGAAGAAAAGGAGGCUAGGCUAGCAAAAGAGCAGGAAGCACGGGAGGAACGAAGAGAUCGAAAGAGAGAUAAACAUCUAACAAAAAUCCUGGCAGCUGUAGUGACAGAAAAUAGAACAGGAAAGUCAGGGGAAACGAAGAGGCGGCCCAAAAUAGAAAAAGACCAAUGUGCCUAUUGCAAAGAGCGCGGGCACUGAAUCAAAGACUGCCCUAAGCGCCUUAGAGACUCAAAGAAAUCUACCCCCAUACUCACCUUGGGCGAAGAGAGAGAGUAGGGGCGUCAGGGCUCUGGAGCCCCCCCCGAGCCCCGGCUAACUUUAUCUGUAGGGGGGCAUCCCACCACCUUCCUGGUGGACACAGGAGCUCAGCACUCGGUCCUAACCAAGGCAAACGGGCCUCUGUCCUCUCGUACCUCUUGGGUUCAAGGAGCGACAGGAAGAAAAAUUCACAAAUGGACUAACUACCGUACGGUUGAUUUAGGGCAAGGGACAGUGACACACUCUUUUCUGGUAGUACCCGAAUGCCCAUACCCCCUUUUAGGACGAGACCUCCUAACCAAGCUUGGAGUUCAGAUCCAUUUCUCCAAAGCGGGGGCCCAAGUGCUAAACCAGGAUGGCCAGCCUAUCCAAGUCUUAACUGUGUCCUUACAAGACGAACACAGACUUUUUGAAACCCCGGUCACCACUAACCUCCUCGAAGCCUGGCUGCAGGACUUUCCCCAGGCCUGGGCAGAAACGGGAGGGCUCGGUCGAGCCAAAUGCCAGGCCCCAAUCAUAAUUGACCUAAAGCCCACGGCAAUGCCUGUAUCUAUCAGGCAGUAUCCCAUGAGCAAGGAGGCUCAUAUGGGCAUUCAGCCACACAUUACCAGAUUUCUAGAGCUUGGGGUCCUGCGACCUUGCCGCUCACCUUGGAAUACCCCUCUCUUACCAGUGAAAAAACCUGGUACUCGGGACUACAGGCCUGUCCAAGACUUAAGGGAGGUCAACAAAAGGACUAUGGAUAUCCAUCCUACGGUCCCCAAUCCCUAUAACUUGCUCAGCACCCUGAGCCCAGACCGUACCUGGUACACAGUACUGGACCUAAAAGAUGCAUUCUUUUGUUUACCCUUGGCCCCCCAGAGCCAAGAACUGUUUGCUUUCGAAUGGAGGGACCCUAAAAGAGGAAUCUCAGGCCAAUUAACCUGGACCCGCUUACCCCAAGGGUUUAAAAACUCCCCCACUCUCUUUGAUGAGGCUCUUCACAGGGACCUAACUGACUUCCGGACUCAACAUCCAGAAGUAACUCUACUCCAAUAUGUGGAUGACCUUCUUCUGGCCGCCCCCACAAAAGAAGCCUGCAUACUAGGUACCAGACAUCUGCUCCGGGAAUUAGGAGAAAAAGGAUACCGGGCAUCCGCCAAGAAGGCCCAGAUUUGCCAAACCAAGGUAACCUACCUGGGGUACAUACUGAGUGAGGGGAAAAGAUGGCUCACCCCUGGGCGAAUAGAAACUGUGGCUCGCAUUCCGCCACCCCAGAGCCCCAGAGAGGUACGUGAAUUCCUGGGAACUGCUGGGUUCUGUCGCUUAUGGAUACCUGGGUUCGCUGAGCUAGCCGCCCCCCUCUAUGCCCUCACGAAAGAGAGUGCACCCUUCACCUGGCAGGAAAAACAUCAGUCAGCCUUUGAGGCCCUAAAAGAGGCCCUCCUUUCCGCCCCGGCUCUCGGGUUGCCAGACACCUCCAAGCCCUUUACCCUCUUCAUAGACGAGAAACAAGGAAUUGCCAAAGGAGUUCUAACCCGAAAAUUAGGGCCCUGGAAGAGACCAGUAGCAUACCUGUCCAAAAAGUUGGACCCUGUGGCAGCGGGGUGGCCCCCAUGUCUUCGUGUCAUGGCAGCCACUGCUAUGCUGGUCAAGGACUCUGCCAAAUUAACCCUUGGACAGCCACUAACUGUUAUCACCCCGCAUGCUUUAGAGGCCGUAGUGCGGCAGCCACCGGACCGAUGGAUAACCAACGCACGCCUAACUCACUACCAGGCCCUCCUACUGGACACAGACCGCAUCCAAUUUGGACCUCCGGUUACCUUGAACCCUGCCACGUUGCUACCGGCACCGGAAGACCAACAGAGCGCACACGAUUGCCGGCAAGUACUGGCUGAGACCCAUGGGACACGGGAAGAUCUUAAAGAUCAAGAGCUCCCAGAUGCGGAUCACUCUUGGUAUACGGACGGGAGCAGUUACAUCGACUCAGGUACCCGGAGGGCGGGAGCAGCGGUAGUAGAUGGCCACCACAUCAUAUGGGCACAAUCACUACCUCCUGGCACGUCUGCCCAAAAGGCUGAGCUGAUAGCGCUCACCAAGGCCCUAGAGCUAUCCGAAGGGAAAAAGGCUAACAUAUACACAGAUAGCCGAUAUGCCUUUGCAACGGCUCAUACACAUGGGAGUAUUUAUGAAAGAAGGGGCCUACUAACCUCAGAAGGAAAAGAAAUUAAAAACAAAGCUGAAAUCAUUGCAUUAUUAAAGGCCCUUUUUCUUCCUCGAAGAGUAGCCAUAAUUCAUUGCCCCGGGCAUCAGAAAGGACAAGGCCCAAUUGCAACAGGAAAUAGACAGGCAGACCAAGUAGCCAGGCAAGUCGCUGUGGCAGAAACGUUGACCUUGACCACAAAACUUGAAGAAACCGAUCUUACGACCAACAAAUAUGCUUACACCCCAGAAGACCAGGAAGAGGCAAAGGCCAUAGGGGCUAUACUGAAUCAGACACUAAAGACUGGGGAAAAAAAAGGAAAGAUAGUCCUUCCCCGAAAGGAAGCCCUGGCAAUGAUCCAACAAAUGCACGCCUGGACACAUUUAAGUAAUCGGAAGCUGAAGUCACUGAUUGAAAAAACUGACUUCUUAAUCCCUAAGGCAGGCACCCUCAUAGAACAGGUGACCUCCGCCUGUAAGGUCUGUCAACAGGUAAACGCUGGGGCUACCCGAGUGCCAGAAGGAAAACGGACUCGUGGUAACCGCCCAGGAGUCUAUUGGGAAAUAGACUUUACUGAAGUAAAGCCUCACUAUGCGGGGUAUAAGUACUUAUUAGUGUUUGUAGACACCUUUUCAGGAUGGGUAGAAGCCUACCCCACCCGACAAGAAACGGCACACGUGGUAGCCAAGAAGAUUUUAGAAGAAAUCUUCCCCAGAUUUGGACUUCCCAAGGUAAUCGGGUCAGAUAACGGGCCGGCCUUCGUUUCCCAGGUAAGUCAGGGGCUCGCCAGGACACUGGGGAUUAAUUGGAAAUUACACUGUGCAUAUAGGCCCCAGAGCUCAGGACAGGUAGAAAGAAUGAAUAGAACAAUAAAAGAGACCCUUACUAAAUUGACCUUAGAGACUGGCUUAAAAGAUUGGAGACGCCUCCUAUCUCUGGCCUUGUUAAGAGCCAGAAAUACACCCAACCGUUUCGGGCUCACCCCAUAUGAAAUCCUUUAUGGGGGACCCCCCCCUUUUGUCAACCUUGCUCAAUCCUUCUCCCCCUCCGAUCCUAAGACUGAUUUACAAGCCCGACUAAAAGGGCUGCAAGCGGUGCAGGCCCAAAUCUGGACACCCCUGGCCGAACUGUAUCGGCCAGGACAUCCACAAACUAGCCACCCAUUUCAGGUAGGAGACUCCGUGUAUGUCCGGCGGCACCGCUCUCAAGGAUUGGAGCCUCGUUGGAAGGGACCUUACAUCGUCCUGCUGACCACGCCCACCGCCAUAAAGGUUGACGGGAUUGCCGCCUGGAUUCACGCAUCGCACGCCAAAGCAGCCCCAAAAACCCCUGGACCAGAAACUCCCAAAACCUGGAAGCUCCACCGUUCGGAGAACCCUCUUAAGAUAAGACUCUCCCGUGUCUGACUGCUAAUCCACCCUGUCCCUGCACGAACCCAAAAUGAAACCCCCAGCAGGAAUGGUCUUUCUGUGGGUCCUCACAAGCUUGGGGGCGGGAAUUGGAGCUAAAAUUGUCAAAGAGGGGAACCCACAUCAGGUUUACACCUUGACUUGGCAAAUCUACUCCCAGAGUGGGGAAGUUGUCUGGGAGGUCCAAGGUAACCAUGCGCUUAACACUUGGUGGCCCCCACUUACCCCUGAUUUUUGCCAGCUGGCAGCUGGACUAGACACUUGGGAUAUCCCCCUGGUUUACCACUUUAGUCUCCUCCCUCAUGGGCCCCUUAAUACUCCUACUAUUAAUACUGGUGUUCGGACCCUGCAUCCUUAACCGCUUGGUACAGUUCAUAAGAGAAAGACUCUCUGUCAUCCAGGCCUUGGUUCUAACCCAACAGUACCACCAACUAAGACAAUUUGAUGCAGAAAGGCCAGAUACAAUUGAAUGAAAGGUUUCAUUCGAUGCCAAAAGAAAAUGGGGGAAUGAGAGACCCCUGGUCUAGCUUACUAAAACACCCCCACCCUACCUUCAACUUUGUAAACGCCUCACUCGCAGAGCCUGUACUCCCACUAGUUAACAAACAGGAUUUCUGCGGUUAGACAUCUGGACCCCGGGGGAGCUGUACAGGCUGCUACAUAGAUAACCGCUUUCCUCUCGCUUCUGUAAUCUUGCUUACGCGCCCAACCAUAGUAAUCUUGCUUACGCGCCCAACCCUAACCGGAAGGUCCCUAGCCGCUUCGCAGCCCGGGCUCCAAGUUGCAUCAGCCAAAAGAAACUUCAUUUCCCAAGCUUCCCCGGGACGAAACUACCCACAACCCUAACCAUCACCGAGCAGAGAGCCUACCACCAGCCUGUAUGCAAAUAAGACUCAAAAUAGCAUAAAAGACCUGUGACCCCGUUUAUCGGGGCUCUCCCGCUUUCCAACACUGGGGAGCCCUGGUGCACCAGUAAAGACUCUCUGCCGA